CGGUUAUCUAAUAAAAGCCGUUGUUUUGUUUUUUCUUUCCUUUUUAUUUCUCGCAAACAAUGAAACAUUUGUAUAGGGCCAUAAAUCGUCGUACUUGGAUGAGUACAGCAGGAAUAGAACGUUCUCAUAGAGCCAUUCUCUUCCCAGGCCAAGGGUCACAGUAUGUAGGUAUGGGGAAAGACUUGUAUAGUCUUUAUCCAAGGUCUGCCAAACUUGUUUUUGAUGAAGCAGACGAAGCCUUGGGCAACGGUCUACGUGCUCUUGUGUUUGAAGGUCAACAAGACAAGCUCAAGCUGACCGAAAAUGCUCAACCCGCUAUUUUGACUACAUCCAUUGCCAUGUUGCGUGUGCUUGAGACCGAGUUUGGAUUUGACAUUUCAAAAGCGUGUAACCAUGCAUUAGGACACUCAUUGGGCGAAUAUACUGCCUUAGUCGCUGCUAAAUCCAUGUCUUUGACAGAUGCCGUUCGAUUAGUGCGUUUGCGUGGUGAAGCCAUGACUCGAGCUGUUGCUGAUAAACAGGGAAAGACUGCCAUGUCUGCAUUGGUUGUCAGAAAAGAUAAAUUGAAUGAUUUGCUCAAGGCCAUGGAAGAGAUCAAGGCUGAUUUACCCAAAGGAGAACUUAUAGCAGUAGCUAACAUCAACAGUUCUUUUCAAGUGGUCAUUAGUGGAACAAGUCAAGGUGUAGAUCAAGCUUCUCGUAUUUUGCAAUCAAGACGAUUUGCUGCUAGAGCAGUUGAUCUUCCUGUCUCUGCACCAUUUCACUGUGAGUUGAUGCAGGAAGCAGCGGAUGUUAUGGAGGAUGCGCUCAAAAAAGUAGAGAUCAAAAUGCCAUGUGUAGAUGUUGUGUCUAAUGUCACUGCUAAGCCUUAUAAAAGUGCAGAAGAAAUCACACAAAGACUUGUAGAGCAAGUAGUAGCUCCAGUUCAAUGGGAGCGUAGUAUCAACUACUGUAAAGGACAGGACAUUGAUGAUUUCCUUUGUUUUGGACCUGGAAAAGUACUUGCUAAUCUUCUCAAGAAAGAAUAUCCUCUAGAUAAAAUCAGACAGUUAUUAAGAGGGUUAUUAUUCAAUAUGGGAAAAAGACAAAUUAUCCAGACAACUGCUGCUGAAUUUAUUUCUACAGAGAAUAAUACAGAGCAAGUUGUAGAGGAAGUCAAGACAGAAAUUGUUGAGAAUAGUCGCUAUGUUCAUCCAAAUCCUCGAGAAUUUAAAGGAAGACUAGGCUAUGCCUGUCUUAAUACAAUCUUGAGAACACAGAAACCACCUGUGUUUAGUUCAAGGACAUGUCGAUUAGAUACAAUUGCCAAAAAAGGGCCCGAAUAUGUCAAAGAAUUAGCAUUGGCGAAUGUUGCUGACAUGAAGACCAUGAUACAAUGGAACGAAGACAAUAAAAUCAGAUUUAUGCGGAUAUCAAGUGAAAUGUUCCCCUUCGCUAGUCAUGAAAAAGCUGGUUAUGACAUCGAUUUUGCAAAGAAGGAACUAGCUGAAGCAGGAGAUCUAGCAAGAAAAUACAAUCAUCGAUUAACAACACAUCCUGGGCAGUUUAAUCAAUUGGUAUCGCUUACUCCUAAAGUCGUCACUAAUACUGUGCGUGAAUUAGAUUACCAUGCUCGUAUGUUGGACUUGAUGGGAAUGGAUCAAGAUUCUGUUAUGAUUAUACACAUGGGCGGCGUUUAUGGUGAUAAAGAAUCUGCUAUUGCUCGUUUUGAAAAGGAAUAUCUUAAGCUUCCUGAGCAUAUUAAGAGAAGACUUGUUCUUGAAAAUGACGAAUUUGGUUAUUCAGUAUCUGAUUUGCUUCCUGUCUGUAAAAAACUUAAGAUUCCUCUUGUGUUGGAUUGGCAUCACCAUCAUAUUAAUCCAGGAGAAGUAGAAGAUUUAGUUGCAUUAUUGCCUGAAAUCAAUCAAAUAUGGUAUGAUAGAGGUAUUAAACCCAAGCAACAUUAUUCUGAAUCAAGAAGAGGUGCCAAAUCUGCCACAGAAAUGAGAGCACAUAGUGAUCGUGUUCAGUUUUUGCCUCCUACAACAGACGAUGUUGAUCUUAUGAUUGAGGCGAAGGACAAAGAACAAGCAGUAUUUCAUUUAUAUAGACUUUAUGGCUUGGAGACAGUCAAUGACGAUGUUUGGAUACCACAAACUGGAACAGAAUCUCUUCAAACAAAGGGACGUAAAACGCAUAAAGCGGCUACUAAAAAGAGAAAGGUCAAGGAAGAAAAAGAGGAAGAAGUUGAGGCAGAGAUAAAGAUAGAAGCUCAAGAAGAACAAGUAGUAACGCCUCGCCGAACUUCAAAACGAUCUGCUGCUGCCGCUGCUGAAUUGAAGCGAAAAGAAACAGAAGUAGAGGCCAUUCAAAUUGCCAUGGAAGCAGAACAAGAAAGCAAGGUGUCAAAAAAAAAGAGAAAAGUUGUUAUAAAAGAGAAAAAAGCUAUAGUCAAACAAUCGGUUACUAAUGAAAACGAGAAUGCUGCUUUGACUGAAAAGCCCAAGCCCAAAAGAGCUUCAAGAAAAAAAGCCAAAACUGACACUGAUAUCAAAGUAGAACCCAUUGUUGAAGAUUCAUUGGCAAACAAUGAUAGCCUUACACCAGAUAUAAAUGGUCAACAUGCUGUUAAAACUUAAAGUAUACUGUUUCGCGUAUUUGUAUCAAGAAAGAGCAUUGUAAAACGAAAUAAAAAAAAAGUUGUCAUUCUUUGAAACUUGGCAUAAA